UUUCGGCAUCUAUUGCUGAGGAUGAGCAUGAGUAUUCUGCUUGGCGCCUCGAACUGGAAGGCAGGCCGUCUCUACCGAACCACUUUGUCGAAAAACCUUCACACAACGCAACCAUAUUCCUGGUAAGGACACGCCUCUAGCUCUGCUAACUGACUCAUGCGCCAGCCUUUCGCCGCAACAAGGCAGGAACCCGUCGGGAAGGCACAACCCACUUGCCAAGUCUCUUGUCCUCCGCUUGUCCUUCAUCUUGAUUGUGCUGCGCCACCUCUUUCGCCUCUCCUGAAGACUCUCCUUGGAUCUUGGCUAUGCACGUUCGCUCACGCCCGAUGCCAACACUCCAAGUAGCGUCAAAUUUCUCUGUGCUCGUGCGUGCCAGCGAACGGCUUAUAACAGGGCGGGACGUGAGGAUGCGCUUGUGAGAGUACAAGUCGUCUCCCACAGCCCUCACCUUUCCCAUUCGAGUAGACUGUCACCAAAAUGGCGCGCAUGUCGCAGUAUGACUACCUCUUCGUCUUCGGGCUGUUCUUCGCAUCGAUGGAUGCGUAUGGGAUCGGCGCUAACGACGUCGCGAACUCCUUCGCCACAUCCGUCUCCUCGCGCUCUCUCCGCCUGUGGCAGGCCUGCAUCGCCGCUGCAAUCAUGGAGUUCUUGGGCGCUGUCCUCGCGGGCGCGCGCGUCUCGGGCACGAUCAAGAACGACAUCGUCGAUAUCGAGAUCUUCAGGGACGACCCGGGGAUGCUGCUGCUGGCGAUGGUGUGCGCGGUGGCGGGGAGCUCGAUCUGGCUCAUCUUCGCCACCCGUCACCAGAUGCCGGUGUCCACGACGCACUGCAUCGUGGGCGCGCUCACGGGCGUCGGCGUAGCUGCUGGUGGGCCGGGUGCGGUGCAUUGGGGCUGGGAUGGCCUUGGGCAGAUUUUCGCUACAUGGGGCGUCGCACCCCUCGUCGCUGGUGGCUUUGCGGCCGUAGUCUACCUCCUCACCAAGUACAUCGUCCUAGUCCGCAAGGAUUCGGUCCGGGCGGGGUUGAUCAUGGCGCCGUUCUGGUGGUUCGCGGUCACUGUUAUCCUCACCCUUUGCAUCCUCUGGAAAGGCUCGCCGAACCUCGGCCUCAAGGACAUGUCCACACCGGACUUGAUGGCAGCGGUCUUCGGCACAGCCACCGUCGUCUGCGCCCUCGCUUGCACCUUCUGGCUGCCCUUCGUAUACUGCAAGGUCGUGCGCGGGGACUACACCGUGCGCUGGUACCACUUCUUCGCGGGUCCUGCGCUGUGGUGGCGCGCACCGCCCGCGGAUGCGGGCUCAUUCACGGCUCCGGAUCCGGUGCCGGAUUAUUAUCUGGGUCACCACACCGCGUCGAACCCCGCUCCCACUGGGGCGGCGGAUGCGGAGAACGCGUACGUGGCGGAAAAUGGUCAAGAUGCUCACGCGCAGCCGAAUUUGAGGAAGGAGGACACGGCGUCGAGCGAGGAUGGCAAGGAGGGCAAGGAGAGCGCGGAGGAGAGCGAUCAGGCGCAGAACCGCGACGCGCGCCUGAGCGAUGUCGAGUUGCCCAAGAUCGAGGGUGCUUGGAUUGAGCCCCGCAAUCUCUACAUUCUCGCGCGCUACCACGCCGUCCCUUUCGUCAAGAAAGCGCUCUUCGGUGGCCUGUUCAAAGACGUGCUCACGCUGCAGACGACGCACGAGGACUCGCGCCGGCUCGCGGACGUGCACUCGCGCGCGAAGCAGUACGACAACAAGACGGAGCACCUGUACUCGUUCCUGCAGGUCAUGACCGCGUGCACCGCGUCGUUCGCGCACGGCUCGAACGACAUCAGCAACGCCGUCGGCCCGUUCUCGACGAUCUACGAGGUCUGGCGCACGGGGAGCUACGUUGGCGCGAAGACGAGCGUGCCGACGUGGAUCCUCGCAUACGGCGCCGUCUGGCUGGUGAUCGGGCUGGCGACGUAUGGGUACAACAUCAUGCGCGUCCUCGGCAACCGCCUCACCCUGCACUCGCCCACCCGCGGGUUCAGCAUGGAGCUCGGCUCGUCCAUCGCCGUCGUCCUCGCGUCGCAGCUCGCGCUCCCGGUCUCGACGACGCAGUGCAUCGUCGGCGCAACCGCAGCUGUGGGCAUCUGCAAUGGCGACGUGAAGUCGGUGAACUGGAGGGGCAUUGCGUGGAUAUUUGCAUCGUGGGUGAUCACGGUGCCGAUUACUGGUGUCAUUGCAGGCUGCUUGUUCGGUAUCAUCAUCAAUGCGCCCAGGUUUGGGUAUUCCGGGUAGAGCGUCUAGUUCAAAGUGUAAGAUACCGGCGCGCUGUAGAACGCCCUGUGUUAUGUGGAGAUGAUUUUGAUGUUGCUCUUGUAGAUUUCCUGUACAAGUCGCAGUGUAGCUUAUACUGACGGCGCACAUGUGAGGAGCCCGCAAGGACUGCUGGGUUUAAAGCCACUUCAUAAUUCUGUUCGAUACAUCCAAAUCAAGAUGUGUAG